AUGCGGACAGUGUGCGCAGAGGCAGAGCUUGAGUUCUACCACAACCAUCAGGCCUAUGCGGACUCCUACGGAAGUAGGCAGGGCUGUCCAGACCGGAAGGCCGUUGUCCAAGCUCUCGUGGUGUCAGGAAUGCUUGCGCAGGGCAUCCUUUCUGGACGUGACCAGGCAGAAUUGCCAAGCCACAGCAUCCAAGGAGCAGCAAUUUCUAUGCAGCAUGAGCCAAUGCAUUCAAGCGAGUCUCGUGAGGACGCCGAUCGGAUGUGGAACGGCUUCUGGAGGCAAAGUUGUCUGUGGGUCUGCGGCUUCGGCAAGUUGCGAGAAAUCCAGGCCUGUGGCAACUUGCAGGGCCCGGGCUCCGAAAAGGCCAAGGGCUUCCUUUCGGGAUUUUGUUGUUGCAAUAAGGGGAUCAACGGCCAGGCGACCAGCCGGUCCGCCUUGUCAGUAGCAACAAAGCUUGGAGCUCUGCUCGAGGAGGCUGGCUUGGUGGAUUUGCUUAAAGCUUCCUGA